UCUUCCCGCUGAUUCACUUGCUGCCUCUCCCCACCUCACCCCAGCCAUGGCCCUGGUUCUGCAGCUACUGCCUCUGCUGCUUUCGAGGGCCCACGGGGACCCGGGGGCAUCUCUGGAUGGACGCCCUGGAGACCGGGUGAAUCUUUCCUGCGUGGGGGUCUCACACCCCAUCCGCUGGGCUUGGGCGCCUAGUUUCCCAGCUUGCAAAGGUCUGUCCAAGGGACGUCGCCCGAUCCUGUGGGCAUCGUCCAGUGGGAUCCCCACUGUGCCUCCACUCCUGCCCUUCGCUGGCCGCCUACGCUCUCUGGACCCUGGUAUCCGGCGGCUGGAGCUGCUCUUGAGUGCGGGGGACUCGGGCACAUUUUUCUGCAGGGGACGCCACGAGGAUGAGAGUCGUACGGUGCUUCACGUGCUGGGCGAUAGGGCCGAUUGCAGAGCCCAGGGGCCUACGCACGGGUCGCUGUAUCCCCAAGUCCUGGUCCCGUUGCUGGGCGCUGGUCUGGUGCUAGGACUGGGAGCGUUGGGCGUGGUCUGGUGGUUGCGCAGGCGCUCGCCCCCGCCUCCGCUUCCACCACUCCCCACAUUUGCUCCUUUGAUGAAAGCCGAGCCCCAGAGACCCAUGGAGGAGGAGGAGCCCAAGAUUCCAGGGGACCUGGACCAGGAGCCGAGCCUGCUCUACGCUGAUCUGGACCAUAGAGCCCUCAGGAGACCCCGUCGGCUGUCCACAGUAGUCCCUGCUGAUGCGUCCACUGUCUAUGCAGUUGUAGUUUGAAGGGAAGCCCUCACUCCAAACUCUGUAGUUGGGGGCUUCCACCCCUCCAUAAUUCCCACCCUCUUGAUCUCUCACCUAGAGGAAGGCAUCAUGGGAUGGAAAUGAGCAUGUCUAGGAGUCUGAAGGCCUGGGUUCUGGGCUAUAUCUGCUGCUGAUCUUGCUCCUUCAGUUAUUCUCAUCUUUCCUAUAGCUUCCAUGUCUCCUUCGCCCCUGAUGUCCUCUCUAAACCUGAAUCAAACCCUGUCUCGAUAUCUUAGUUAACUUCCCAAUAAUUGUCCUAUCUCUUCCCUUCAGAAUCAAGCCUUUGAACCAGGAGCAUACAUCUGCUUUUUUUCACUUUCUUUUUUCUUCUAUCUCCACUACUUAUCUGCUGAAAUUGCUUAUCUACUCUCCACAAGUUUGCCAGUGAUGUUCUGAUGUCCUAGGCUACGUUUUUUAGCACUCAUUUGGCAUGGCCUUUGAUCACCCCCUUCUUUAAGUUAUUUUACUUUGCUGCUCUUAUCUUCCUCUAGAUUCUUUUUCUUUGCUUUCUAUCCCCAUGGUAUUCUCUACCAUUCUAGGUUUGUCCCUUUCUUCCCCUUACCCCUCUUCUGGAAAUCUCCUAUCUGCAGGUAAUUCUCAGCCUGCACCUCUAGAAAGACACUUAGAACUCUCUGCAUCCCAGAUCUAGGACAUCCUGCCUGGCUGACCCCAGGCAUUUUGCACAGUGUAUCAAGCACAAUUUAUUGUUUACAUUCUCUCUUGAUCAACCCAGUUGACCAAGCCAGAAACCUGGAGUCAUAUGACCUCAUUUCUCAUUUCCACACAAUGAGCCAUGAAGUCUUGUCUAUCUUAAGGUCACUGUCAAAUCUUUUUUCCAUGUCUAGUGCUGUCACCAGAAUGUAAUCUCCUCAUUUCCUUCCUGGGUUAUCCAUAACUCAUACUUCUGCUUUGCCCUCCUCUGAAGCCAGAGAUCCUCUUCAAGUACUAACUUGCUCCUGACAUCCCUUAUUUUUAAACUGUGGUAUUUUUAUCCUUAAGCUUCAGCUCUGGGUCAUGGACCUUGGCUUUUUUAAAAAAUAUUUUUUGUAGUUGUAGAUGGACAGCAUGCCUUUAUUUUAUUUGUUUAUUUUUUAAUGU